CCACCGUUUAUGCGAUACUACACAGAAAUGGCGAGCGGUAAAAAGAGUACGCUGCUGUCGUCUUUAGCGGUCUAUGGAGAUGAUUCAGAGCCCGACUCUGACCCUGAACAAGAAGAAUCAGGGGGGCGUGUAGGAAGCCUUGUAUAUCGCUAUGAUGAGGAUGACCUGAACCAAACCGUGGACCCAGAAGAAAAAGAGUCUGCAGAUGAAGACAGCAGAGAAAACAACUCGGAAGUGGACGAAUCUGACGAGGGGAGGGACGCAGAUGACUUUGAGGUAUUUGAACACUAUCAGAAGGAGCCUCACUGUGUCUUUGUAGCUCUGUUUUCAGAAAAGGUGAGAAACAUGUCACCUGACGAGAUCAAGAUCCCCCCCGAACCCCCCGGACGCUGCUCCAGCCAUCUACAGGAGAAGAUUCACAAGCUGUAUGAGAGGAAGCUCCAUGGAGAUUUUGACACAAACGCCCAUAUCCAGCAAAAGAAGGAAUUUAGAAACCCAAGUAUUUACGAGAAGCUCAUUCAGUUCUGCGCUAUAGAUGAACUGGGAACCAACUACCCAAAAGAUAUGUUCGAUCCUCACGCCUGGUCGGAAGACUCUUACUAUGAAGCUCUCGCCAAAGCUCAGAAGGUGGAGAUGGACAAACUGGAGAAAGCCAAGAAGGAACGGACCAAGAUUGAGUUUGUCACGGGGACUAAGAAGGGCACCAACCCCUCCAGCACAGCAGCCUCCACCACCAGCAACACCACAACUACAUCCACAGAUGCCCAGAAGAGGAAAAGUAAGUGGGACUCUGCACUCCCUGUGACCCUGGCCCAGCCCACCCUCAUCACAACCACAGCCACGCUGCCCGCCGUCGUCUCUGUGACAACAACAGCAAGCGGUACCAAGACCACCGUCAUCUCCGCAGUGGGUACCAUCUUAAAGAAAGCAAAGCAGUGAGGAUGAUGAACGGGCUGCAGCG